UUUUUGACAGUCCAGCAGUACUGUUUGUAAACAGAAAUUUCUUUUGUUUGUUUAUUGACAAAUUGGAUCAGACCAUUUACGGUCUGUAUCGCCUAAAUGAAGUUUUAAAACAGUUGUUCACGAUUGAAUACGGUUCGUUUUUGAUAUUUAUUAAAUAAAUGUGACUAGUUGCAAAGUGUAAAGAUGAUUGUUUUAGAUGUGCUCUUCGAUUUUUGUUUAAGCUUGUUUGUAAACAGUACCGCUGAACUGUCAAGGAUGAAUACUUGUUCAUUUGUGUCGUCACGAUAAAAAACCUAAUAGUGCAUCGCAAUGCACUUCAUCGAGCUCAGUUCGGCUUAAAAAAAAUAAAACUCAUUCUCUAGCCGAUCGUUUUUCAAAACAGACGUGUUAUCGUGCAUCAAUAAUAAAACAACGAUGAAGUUUGUGCUGUCACCUUGUUAAACCAAUAAUAUUUGCGGUAUUCCCGUAAUAAAAAUUGUUCCAAAGUGCCUAUUCUCUACAAAAUUUACACCGACAAAAAGUGAAAUUACGAAGUUUCGUUUGCAGUAAGAAGACGUGGCCUUGCGCUGAACAAAUCGAAGAUGCAACAUCCGUUACAAUUUUGCCCGACCAAUGUGUCAAUGUCAAUUAUCUGGUAUAAUCAUGGCAUCUCACAAUGCUUUCUGGACACCGUAUCGGCCGCCACAAUCGGUAGUUUUCUACUGAUCUUCGGUUCCAUUCAGCUAAUUAUGUACCGACGCUACGCAACGGAGAUCAAUCCAGCUCAGAUCAGUCGUUCAAAGAUGUACAAUUUCCAGCUGUUUUUGUUGGUACUAUUGCCGCUGCUAGCCGUGAUGCGCUUCAUACUGGAAGGAUUCGUAUUUGAAGACGCUCAGGUGUACGGUUUCAUGAUCUUCUCGGUAUGUGUUAUGUUGUUUGUGUAUCCCUACUCAAUUAUACUGUUGGUGAAGGAGCGUUACUAUUUGCUGCCUUCGGUACCAACGCAUGGGCACGGUUUGGUUUUGUUGAUAUUUUGGACCCUACUAUUCAUCGCUCAAAACGUACUGUUUGUCAAUCUAAACUACGAGAAAGCGUGGUUCCAUCUCAGUACUAUCAGAGACAAAGUCGAAUUCACGUUGUUCGUUAUGCGCUACACGGCAACUCUGUUUGUAUUUGUUAUCGGUCUGAAGGCUCCGGCCAUAACGUCUGCUCAGCUCAACGACGAAUAUGAAAACCUUCGACAGGAACAAGAGAACAGAUCAACAUUUCGGAAUGGGUGGCAGAAGAUGCGCACCUUAAUGCCAUUUUUGUGGCCCAAAAAGGAUGCCUUACUUCAGGUCCGAGUCGUAUUCUGUUUCGGACUACUGCUUUCCGGACGCAUUAUCAAUCUAUACGUUCCGAUCUACAACAAAAAGAUUGUGGAUAGUCUGUCGGAGAAACCAACCGUUUUCCGUUGGGAUUGGAUCCUACUGUACGUCGGUUUCAAGUUUCUACAGGGAGGUGGAACCGGCUCUAUGGGCUUGCUGAACAAUUUGCGUAGUUUUCUGUGGAUUCGAAUUCAGCAGUAUACAACCCGUGAAAUCGAGGUGGAACUUUUCCGACAUCUGCACAGCUUAUCGUUGCGAUGGCACCUGAACCGUAAAACAGGUGAAGUCCUACGGGUGAUGGAUCGCGGAACCGACAGUAUCAACAAUCUGCUGAACUAUAUUCUGUUCUCAAUCACACCGACCAUUGUGGACAUUCUCAUUGCGGUGGUGUUCUUUAUUCUGGCAUUCAACUGGUGGUUCGGAUUAAUCGUGUUUGUCACGAUGGCACUGUACAUUGCGGCUACCGUUAUGGUGACGGAAUGGCGCACUAAAUUCCAGCGGCGCAUGAAUCUGGCGGACAACGAGCAAAAGGCACGGAGCGUCGAUUCGUUGUUAAACUUUGAAACCGUCAAAUACUACGGUGCCGAGCAGUACGAAGUGGACUCGUACCGAGCAGCUAUCCUGAAGUUUCAAACUGAAGAAUGGCGUUCUUCGAUUACUUUAAAUAUCCUCAACACGAUGCAAAACAUAAUCGUGUGUGCUGGUUUACUGGCAGGAUCACUUCUGUGCGCAUAUCUCGUUGUAUACGAAGAAGGUCUUACGGUGGGUGAUUAUGUUUUGUUUGCCAGUUACAUCAUUCAGCUGUACGUGCCUUUGAACUGGUUUGGAACAUUCUACAGAGCUAUUCAAAAGAACUUCGUUGACAUGGAAAACAUGUUCGAUCUGAUGCAUGAAGACCAGGAAAUAAUUGACGCUCCAGGUGCCGGCGAGCUGGCGGUAAUUCGAGGUGGAUCAAUCGACUUUUCGGAUGUCACCUUCGGUUACACACCGGAAAGAUUCAUCCUUCGCAACGUCAGUUUCUCUGUGCCGGGUGGUAAAACAGUAGCUAUUGUUGGUCCAACUGGUGCCGGCAAAAGCACUAUUAUGCGUUUACUGUUUCGUUUCUACGAUGUCGAAAGUGGAUCUAUUUCUAUCGAUGGUCAAAACAUAAAAACAGUCCUACAGUCUUCAUUAAGAAAAGCCAUCGGUGUUGUUCCCCAGGAUACUGUACUCUUCAAUAACACGAUCAAGUACAACAUUCAAUAUGGUCGUGUUGACGCCCCCGACGUGGAUGUGCUGUUGGCCGCAAAGAGUGCUGACAUUCAUGACAAAAUUCUCACCUUCCCCGAUAAAUAUGAUACCCAGGUGGGGGAACGUGGUCUGCGGUUGAGCGGCGGUGAAAAACAACGUGUUGCUAUUGCACGUACGAUACUAAAAUCCCCUUUCAUUGUUCUCUUGGAUGAAGCGACCAGCGCUUUGGAUACCCAGACCGAGCGGAACAUUCAAUCGGCACUAGCGAAGGUUUGUGCGAACCGUACGACACUGAUCAUUGCGCACCGUUUGUCGACAAUCAUCCACUCGGAUGAAAUUCUGGUCUUGAAAGACGGAAUGAUCGUUGAACGUGGUCGCCACGAUGCACUGCUCGAGAAACAAGGUGUUUAUGCCGAUAUGUGGAACCAACAGCUCAAGAACCUAGACUCGACCAAUGGGCAACAGUCAAGUCAGGCUCAGGCCAAUGGUACGGCAGCAGGAGGAUCCAAAACAAGCAAUGCUGCAGCCUCUACGGCUUAUCAUGGUCAUCACCACCACCAUCAUUAGUAGCGUGUAGAUUUGUAUGAUAUGUAUGUUGAUCGGAUUUUUUUAAAAAUAUCACAAAACGAAAUUCCUAAUGUUGAUGGAUACAUCAAAAGACUUGUACCCGGAUGCAUAAAUUUUACGAUUUGUUGGGUUUUUAGGGUUUUAACGUCGAACAGCGUUAGUGACCUUAAUGUAUAGUGUAAUGUACAAAAAACAACUGGACGAGGGCCAACAUAAAUUCUUUUGAAAUUAUCGUUUCAAACAACAACAAAUACUACUACUGAUUUAUGGAUAAUUUCCUAUGCGUUGAAUACUGUUUAUUUUGACUAGAUUAUAAAUAGUGAACAGAAUUAAA